UAUUUUGUUACGGGCCUAUCCACCACAUAUGUGAUCCGAAUGGAUGUGGAUCUGAAUGUGUCGACAUGCAUUCGGCCGAUUAUACCCUCCGUCCUGCUGACCAGCAGCCGUCCGAGCUGGCUAAUCGGACAAACCAAAGUCAUGCGCGGACAAAAUAGCAAGCCACGCGCUAAACAAAAACAAUUGAGAAAUGAAAACCCUGAUGAAGUUUCCGCGGUCCUUCGAUUCGGGCUAGCCCUUUGGACUUGCGCGCGCCAUGCACAUGGACGGCCAGGCCCCACCGCUGUCCCUAUAUAACCAAGAGAAUUACACUCUACUAGGCAGACACAUCAAAGAAGAUCGAAUUAAGCUAGCACCAAGACUCAAAAAAGAAUCCCGCGAAAGAAGAGAAAAAAGAUAAGCAGCAGCAGCAGCUAUGGAGCGGCAGGCAGUAGUACCACGCCCUGCGGCUGGUGGCUUCCCGUGGACGCUGUUGGCGGCGCUCGCCUUCCUGGCCUUCAACUCCGCCAUGGCCGUCUACCGCUCCAAUGGCGACCAGGCGACCAUCGUCUUCGUCGCUACCUCCUACGUGGACCUGGUGCUGCUCUCCUGCUGUCUCUGGCUCCACGACAGGGCAGCCAUGGGGUCGGCGUGGAGGGACAGGCUCAAGGCAUCCGUGUGGACUCUCACCACGCUGCUCACCUUCUCCUUCGGCUACAUUGUCAUGGGCACGGCCGGGCUCACUCUUCCGGUCGCCUUGCUCGUCUGGAUCAUCGCCGCCGCCACCGGGAUCGGCGCCUUCUCCGCCUUCUUCGACCGCCGGGGCACCUGCAGGGUCAACGAACCGCUGGAUGAAACCAUGCUGCCUCCGGUGUAGUUCCAUGGAGAAGUGUCAUCAGGAGUUCGAUGGAGAAGUGACUUCAUCAGGAGUUGCUCUAUUUAGUUAGUACACUGUACUAGUACACGUAGCACGCCAACUAAUUGUACUCUGCUGGCGAAUCCAAAAUGCUCUUGUCGGAAAAGGCGCUCUGCUGGUCAUACGCAGGUGCGCAUCCAACGAUCUGGUCAAGGCAAUGUGUACGCUACUGAUCCCUACCUCUGAUUUCAGAGGACGUGCGCAAAUUACAGAGUUUAACUGUAGUCUUCAAUUAAUUAGAUCAUAAUAUGUGAGUCGUGUGACAAAACUGUACUGUUGGUACCUUUUGGAUUAUGAAUUUAGUGCUAUAAUUUGUGUGGCACACGAUCUACAUAAUAUCGGUCUCACUUGCUGAUGUUUAAAGUUGAUUUGAACGUCCAAAAUACGUGUAUGCACCCUGUAAAAUUAGACGGAGUAGAUAAACAUUGUUGGUCUAUCAGUCUGCUCGCUUGUAAAGUUGCUCGUUCAGCUAUGUACAAUGUGGCCCACUACUUUCUCUUGCACAAGUGGAUAGCCAACUCUUUAGAGAUGGAAGUCACUUGGCCAUACGCUCCAGAGCGAUUUCAGAUCAAUUGUAUACUGCUGUAGCAAUUAUCGCCAUCGCAUGUGACUGACUUGUAAGACUUUCAAAAACAAGCCCAUUUCUUUUCUUCGGGAAGCAUUAGUUAUGGUCGUCAUCACCGCAGUCUGAGGUAGGGCUUGCAAACCAUAAUGCACACAUAAAAAAGUAGCUAGCUCACCUGGUAGUGAAACAUAUCGUCCUGGAAGAAGAAUGCCACUUGUGUGGCAGCUGUAACAGUACCGUUUCUUCCUGAUAGUAUACUUUCGCUAAUGUUUGCGAAAAAACAUAACCUCAGACAGUUACAGUUGCUACUAGGGAAGGUGUA